UGUCAGUUCACAGAACUUCACAUUUCUCUCCACUCUUCAAUUAUAAGUGCAAAAAAAGGCCCAAACACUGUAGACUCUGGGGACGGCUCUCAAUCAAUCUCAAGAGGCAUCCCCUUUCUGCAAAUCUUUCAAUAUUUUUUUCAUAAGCCUCGAAUCGUCUGCUCUCAUUGUUAAAUAACCAGAUCUUCUCCAAACAAAACAGUAAAGAAAUCUUCCGAAUUUGAUUUCAACCCCUCCAACCCCCACACACACACAGAAGGCGUUUGAAGGUAAACAUGGCAACUGCAAGCCUUCCCAACAGCUGCAUGCUCAGAACUGCACCACCUCAAGCCAGAAGCAAAAGUGCCUUUCUGAGGAGCCCAUCAUCUUUAAGAUCCAUAAAGAGCAUCUCCAAAACCUUUGGCUUGAGAGCUAAGUCGGGUUUCAGAGCAUCUGCCAUGGCAGUUUACAAGGUCAAGUUGAUUGGACCAGAUGGCACUGAGAACGAAUUCGAUGCUCCUGAUGACUGUUACAUCCUUGAUUCGGCUGAGAGUGCAGGAAUUGAUUUGCCAUACUCGUGCAGGGCCGGCGCGUGCUCUACGUGUGCUGGGAAAAUGGUUUCUGGUAGUGUUGACCAGUCUGAUGGAUCUUUUCUCGAUGAUAGCCAAAUGAAAGAAGGUUACUUGCUGACUUGCGUCUCCUACCCAACUUCGGAUUGUGUGAUUCACACUUGCAAGGAGAGCGAUCUUUACUGAGCAUUUGCCUGAGUUUUAUGCUUCUAGUUUAUUAGCUGUAAUGCAAAGCAAUUCGUUAUUGCUAGUCAUGUUGUUUCGAAUAUUUCUGUCAAUAAGUAUCAAAACUGGCUGUGUUUCGAAUCUUUGGAAAGCUUGUGUUCAAGUCGUGUUUGUCUAAUGCAACCUCUUUCGUACC